AUGGCCGACCGCUGCCCCCUCGAUCGCGACCCCAUCAAGAGCGACAUCUCGCCUCUUGUAGACAGCCGCCAAACAGAAUGCCAAUCAGGAAGCCCGCCCGAUCACUUCACGACUCGCCUACCAUACAGGCUCACGCCGGUCGCAUCGAGUGUAUUGGAUUCCCCUCCUGCUGCAGGCCCUCGCGAAAGUCCCGACGCGAAAAUAUUCCAAGAGCCCGCCUCUCCCUUGGUGCCUCCAGUGCGACCAAGCAGCACGCCGUAUCCGUUUGCCGACACCAAAGAAACGACAUGCUCCAAUACUCUCGACUUUACAAUUGCUAUCGCUUCAAACAGAGUCCCCACGUCUCCAGCCGCCGAUGACACUCGUGACGAGAGACGACCCGUGAGCUAUUUCGCCAUUGCCCCAAUCGAAGUCCACGAAGCUAUUCUCGACCACCUCUUUGGAGUAUGCGCGCCCGUCUCCCGAAGGUCUGGGCUGUGGUCACCCAACGCAGCCAGAGGCCUGGGCACGGCGAUUCGCUCCUCAAGGAGACGAGAGAUGACCGAGUUGGCCCUCGUCGACCCCACAUGGAGAAUAUUGGUACAGCAGAGGCUGUACCGCCACAUCAAGUUGAAAGGCACCAUCAGCUCCAUCAACCAGGCUGUCAUGCAUUUUGCUGGUCGUGAACACCUUGCCGACUAUGUCAAGCAUAUCGAGAUAUGGUUCCCAGUGUUUCAGCCACGUCAUGGGCCUCUGGCACUCUCCAAUACAUCCAUGUUGCCCAGUCUGAGAAGUGAUCUGUCGACUGCGACUUACACUUUACCAGGAGACAACUGCACUCUGGAAGAUGUCUUCCUGUUUGUUUCUAGCGUCUUGCCGCAGGUCAAAAUUCUGACGCUCGAAGGUGGUGAACGUCGAAAAGCGCCCAAGGUUAUGCACUACCAUAGUAACCGCUACGGCCUCGACGGUGGGCCAACUUUACCAGUUGUCCACUCCAUAACCACCCUGGUCACCAAAGGCCAGUGGAACCUGAUGCGAGGCCACUGUGAUUUUGUCUCCAUUCUUGGCGCUCUUCCAAAUAUAGAGGAGUGGCAGGGUGCGUACAGCAAGCCCAAAUCAAAGAGCUACAUUACUGUAUCUCAAUUUAUGCCGUACAUGCCGGCAAAUAUCAAGCAUCUCAGCCUGUGUCUUGAGAAUGACUACAGGCGAGAGGCUCUUGUGCCUGCUUUUUAUGCCAAGGCAGCCCAGCAAACGCACAUCUGUACAGUUCUUGCGAAGAUCAUGCCAAGGCUUGAGCAGUUUUCCUACACGGGCCGUGUAUGUCAUAACUUUUUCGAAGUUGCUAAUCAAAGUGCCAUGGCGCCAUCAAGUCGGCUCCGAUCAAUCGACGUGACGCUCAAGAAUUGCUGUCGACAUUCCGACCUCUUCCACGACUCUGGCUCCGGCAUCCAAGACAUGGGGUUCAUCGAGGCAUUCGAAAAGUUGGUCAUUUCUGGCAUUAGAUCUCUAGCCCACUACCAGCGGGUUGAGUAUUUGAGAAUUCGAUUCGUUGAUCUGGACUCGAUUCUACCCGCAUUGAACCCUUUCUUUUUAUAUCAACGCGGCGAAUGCAGCGGAGUCUGGAGUAAUAAAAUCAUUCACGAAAUGGCGAGAGCUCGGCCAGGCACCAGGUUUCUCGACUUGAGCGACACAUUUGGCAACAUAUCAUACACCAAAGAAGGGCGUAUUGUCAUUUCACCGGAGUACCCUCGCACGCGCAUCACCUCCCUGAAGAUUGCCAACUAUCAAAUCUUUUCGAACCGCACAGUGAUUGUUUGA